GUCCAUCCAAAAGAAAUUGGUGAGUCAGACACGCAGAAAUCGAGAGGCCACAGCACUGACACAACAACAGGAGGAAAAACAAAAAAAAGAGUUAGAAAAAGUGGGAUAUGGAGACAACGUCAUCACUAAUAAAGUCUGUGACCAGGCGGGUGUGGUUGUCGGCCCCUGCCCAUCAGAGACCGUUCAGGGUGUGUUCCCAUGACAGGGGCACCAGGAAGGGCAUCACAGCAGGAACCCUGGAGGAGUUGAGAGAGAGGGUGUGCCAGGCUUUGAUGCUGUGUUUGUCCAGUCUGGCUGUGGUGCUGGUGUGUGAGGAGGAUGGGACAGUGGUGGACUCUGAAGACUUCCUGAUGUCUCUGCCAGACAACACAGUCCUCAUGGCCCUGGAACCUGGACAGACAUGGAAAACCCCUCCGGGUACAACGCUCUCUAAAGCCCAAGACCCCAACCAGCCGCGGACAGGAAAGGAUAUAGCCUGCGUGACCUUUGACCUGUACCGGCAGAACCCCAAGGAUGUGUUUGGCUCCCUGAACGUGAAGGGCACCUUUUCAGGCCGGUACUCUGUCAGCGCCGACUUCAAAUGUCUGGGGCCCAAGAAAGUCCUCAGAGAGGCCCUCCGCGUGGCCUCCACCCUCCUCCAGGCGGCAGGUCAAAUGUUGAUCUCCUCAGCUAAUCUGAUCAAGCGGCUCAUCGAGGAAGCAGAGUUCUGGCAGCCCCAGAGGGCGGAGGUUACAGAGUGCUGGAACUGAGACAGUUGAGGCUGUAAUUAAGGCUUUUGAGGCUAGAAUUGAGUUUAUGUACAGGUCCAAUCUUAACACGAGCUCAAGUUAGGACAUGGCCCUAUAAAGUAUUGCUCUAGGAUCAAUGAAGAAGAGAAGAGAUCCAAUGUUUAUUAAAGCUGAACACAACAACCACACUCGUAGUAAUACCAAUUGCUGCAGCGCAACAUUCCUAUUUGUCUGUUGCAUUUUAAAUACUGUACCAUGUGUAUGAUAGCGUGAUGCAAGGUUGUGAUGAAGCUAUGUGCAGAAAGACAAUUACUCACAUGGGCGUGUUGUAAAAUAGGAUGUAUCUAUUUCUAUAAAUCUUGGGAAUUUCCCAUGAAAGUAAGGAAUUGAAUAAGAAAAAAAAGAGUAGGCAUAAAUGUUUUACUUUCUUUGUAGUUUCUCAUCACUGUCUCAUUUUGUGUUCAAUAAAUGCUUUCAGUUGUUACAUUCA